GCACAUCCUUCUCAGCAGGAUUGUUUUACUUCUCACAUAGAAUACUUUAAGAACCCUCAUUACAGGAAACUGAUUUAGACACAUAGAUUUACACCUUCACGUAUGAGUAUCUCUAUGUGGUUGUCUGCAUUUCACCACGGUUGAAUUACUAUAGUACUUUCAGCGUUGUAUUUCCUGAUAUCUGGUAAACAUACGUAUGACUAGUGCACACUUGUAAUUAGUCCAUCAGACGGAUGAGCCAUUUGGAUUUAGUCAUGGAGCAGCUCCUCUAUCUUCUCAUUACCAUCAUUGCAUCUUCAUCCAUCAUCUCAGCAGGAAAUGACACAAACUUCUUUAUCUCAACUACUACACUACCAAACACAACCGCUUUGUCCACACAGCUUGAUGAUUCAAACACAGCCGCCCGAACAUCUCCAGAAAUGUCUACGACUCCUGCAUCUCAUCAUGACUUUAUUAAGACCAUCCACACCUUAAAAACUGUGAACACAACUACUACGCCUCUUUUUACUUCCAGCCACAUUACAACAGGUACUACAGCUGUGCCUGCUGAAAACAGACAGUCUUCUUCAAACGGCACAUCAGAAAGACAAACCAACAUCACCAGCUCCCCUUUAACAAGUUCAGAAUCCUUCACUGAAGCAACUCAACAUACUGUCUCAUCCUUGGCUACAACAAAAGUUGAUGUUUCUGGAAAUAUAAGCCCUACAGUUCAAUUAUACAUCACCAAGUCAGAGGUCACCACUCCACCUGUGCUGCUGUCGGGCAACAGUCUUACUCCACUUGCUUUUGGUGUAAUGAGUCUUAUACUCAUUUUAAUUAUUGUCAUGGUGAUUCUGGUGAUUACAAUCAAUCUCAGGGGACAAUGCAGAAGGACAAAACAGCAGGAGGGUAUUAAAAACUAUGACUCUGUUGUGUCCGAAAGCAACACGACCAACAACUGUGAAAAAGAGAGCAUCACUCUUGUUUCUGUGCGGACAAUAAACACAGACUAUGACACAGAUUCUCCUCAGGUCUCUUCAGUUCGCAGUACUAUAGUGGACCAUGAGGACCAAGAAUUUAACAGAGACCUGCUAAACAUUAAAGGCGGACUUUGAUUUCUCUUAGAUAACAGAACAUUAUGCAGCUCAUGUUAUUUUACAUAUUUAUAAUGCAUCUCAAGUCCAUCACAACAACAACAUGCUUAAUGUGAUAAUAUAUGAUUGAAAAGUGUCAUUCCUUCCCGUCUCAAAUAAAACAGUACAUUUGUUUCUAA